AAAGUCACAAAUCACAUCACGUCUCUGCAGUCAUGAGAAAAUUGUGCAUCUGUGGGGAUUGUUACUAUGCAUGGUUUCAGGUGAAAGGGAAGAAUGUUCCUGAGUUACCUGACAUUAGAAGUUUGCUCGGCCUUCUUCUACAUCCCUCUCCAAUGGUGCCUGAAAGAGUAAAAGGCAUGACAAGGCUCACCAGAAGAACUACUUCUGCUUGGCCUCCAGAGGGCAAUGAUGCACACACUAGAAUUAUACUUGAAGAUCUCCCUCCCUCCCAACCAUCCUUCCUUUAGCUACUCCUUCACAGAGCCGACUGAAGAGUCCAGAUGGAGCUCUUCACAGAAUUUAGAAGUCAGGAAACACCCAGGUUUUCAAGGAAAAGACUCUUCCAGACGUCUCUGGAACGCAAUUACACAAGAUUCUAGGGCACCCACCAUACACAUUCUUCCUUGUUCCAAGGGUACUGUUUCCUCAACCAUACUCCUUCUUGCUCAGGAAAGAUCUUCAAAAAGGAGACUACAGUUUCUUCCGUCCUCAGCCAUGAGCUUGGCUCCUGUCACCAUGCUUGUGUUUAUGAUACUUUUUGCCCCGAGAGGAACCGGAGCCCAGUCAGUGACCCAGCCUGAUGUCCACAUCACUGUCUCUGAAGGAGCCCCUCUGGAGCUGAGGUGCAACUACUCGUCUUCUGUUCAGGUGUAUCUCUUCUGGUACGUGCAGCACCCCAACCAAGGACUCCGGCUUCUCUUCAAGUACAUAUCAGGGGACAUCCUGGUGAAAGGCACCAAAGGUUUCAAGGCUGAAUUUAGGAAGAGUGAAAAGGCCUUCCACCUGAGGAAACCCGCAGUCCAGUGGAGCGACGCAGCCAAGUACUUCUGUGCUGUGAGUGACACAGCGCCUGGGACUGCAGGGGAUGCUAAACACCAACUUCUGGUGAAUGUGAGGCUUCCAGUGACUCAAGGGAUCAACCUGGGGCACUUUCAGUGAGACCUUAUGUUCUAUGGUGACAAGAUGGACAGAGGGACUAAACUGCUUAGUUCUUGUGCAGACAUGGUUCUAAUCUUCCAAGAGUCAGGAUUCAUGAGGAAAGGACAACUUAUGAAAAAAACAAAAAAAAAAACCAAACACAAUGUCACCAACAGACUGGAGACUGGAACUUGCUCAGAGAAUCACUUUGGAUGGGACAGUGGCAGGGAUGGGUUUUGUGCUGCGAUUGCCAUUUGACUUGUGACCAGAGAGGAGAGUACUAUGACAGUCUACGCCGAUGGUUGUAAUCCACUAGGGACACUCUAAGCUUCACCCUAACUGAGGAACUUUCCUUAAGAUCCUAGAUAAUUCCAUCUGUGUGUGUGCCUAUUUGAAAAACUGAAUGGAAAGAGGAAGGUUAAUAUUAGAGGAAGCGACUGAGGAAAAUGUGAUAAAAUAAAAUCACCAAGCACAGGGAGAAUUUUUAGUGAAUGCUUCUGUCAUUUACUCAGCUCUUUCAUUUUAACAUCAUCUCAAAAAGAUGGAGUUGAGAUUUCCAUCAGUCCAUCACUGGAUGAGGUUGAGGAAGGUUGGGGCUAUGCUAAUAUGACAGAGAUGAUUACUACAGUGGAGUGAGAGUAGGAAUC